AGAGAGAGAGAGUGCGCCAGCGGACGCGACGGGAGAGGCAGGAAGCAGAUAAGGAGAGAUAAUGAGGGAGAGACGGGGACACGGGGGACAGAGAGGGGGGACGCAGCCUCUGCACGCGGGAGACCAAGUCCCAGAGAAGGAGAGACAGACGGGCAGGCAGUCCCCAUGGUAGGACAGAGCCAGGCUUGGGUACCGCGUGCUCCAGUGUUUACAUGAGGUUCCUGGGGGGUUGUGAAACGGGUAGUCCUCGCAGAUGCCUGCUCCUCUGUUCUCUGCCCCCAAUACUAGCCCCUGGGAACCAACAGUGGAAAGACCCCAGCCUCAAGGAGACAAAGCACAGCCAGGGCGGGAGGGCCACAGUCUGCCUGGGCAACCCACCGGGCCACUUCCUGGACAGAGCAUCUCACCAGUGCUUUCACUUUCAACCUUUCAGCGGAAAAAGACAAGAGCAAGUGACCGUGAUGAGAAGGGGAGAGAACUCGCAGAGCAACAAUUGCCACUACCUCAUCGGGUGCUGGGCUGGGCAUGAGUCACUUCCCAGGCAGCAAACUCUGGAAAAGGCUGUGCAGAGCCCUCAGUCACAAAUGACAGGCUCAGGCUGCAGUGCUCUGCUUUCCAUGCCCCAACCAGCCAGGCCUUCCCAGAUCAUCUGAGCUAAAAGGAGCAGCAGAGACCCUCAGUCCAACCCCUUGGUCUACAGAUGGGGAAAUCCAGGCCCAAGAAAAGCGAAGGAUGUGCCCCAGGUCACACAAUGAGCCAGCAGCAGGGCCAGGAUGGAGAACCAGGAGAGAGCUGGGCAGCUGAAGCCAGAGGCUCCUUCUUGGACUCUAGACCCGCAAGGAAUCACGUCAUUUCCAAAUACUCAUGGCAGAAGAAGGGGCUGUCUUCAAGAUGACCAGUGACCUGAAGGCUGUCAUCUCUGCCAUCCUCCAGGGCUAUGGGCGUGGGCGGCAGCCGGUGACAGACGCCAGUGCUGAACUGCACAGACUCUGUGGCUGCCUGGAGCAACUGCUGCAGUUUGACCAGAAAGAGCAGAAGAGCUUCCUGAGGCCUCGGAAGGAUUACUGGGACUUCCUCUGCACGGCCCUGUGGCAGCAGCGGGGGGACACGGAGCCAGUCCUCUUUGUCCACUCACAGGACAAGUUGAAGACCCCGCUGGGAAAAGGCCGAGCCUUCAUCCGCUUCUGUCUUGCCCACGGACAGCUGGCCGAGUCCCUGCAGCUCUGCCUCCUGAAUCCAGAGCUAACCAGGGAGUGGUAUGGCCCCCGGAGCCCUCUGGUGUGCCCUGAACUCCAGGAAGACAUCCUGGAUUCCCUCUAUGCUCUCAACGAGGUGACCUUCGACUUGGACCUGCAACAGCCAGACUUGGAUGGAGCCUGGCCCAUGUUCUCAGAGUCCCGCUGCUCCAAUUCCAACUGGACCCAGGGAAGAAGACCCAGAAGGAUCAAAGAUUCCCCUAAGGAGAUCUCACCCACAUAUGGAGACCCCACAGGAGGCCACCCAGAGGAGCCAUAUACCAGGCAAGCCAGUUCUCUGCAAGAUGCACCCAGGGAAGACAGGUUGGCUGGACUCCCCAGGUCCCAGCAACACAAGCAUCAGCCCCUCUUUUUGGAAAAGAAGAAAGAAGAUCCCAGGAGGCUUGGGCCUCCCCAGAGCAUGUGGGAACUAGAGGGGGAGGAGCUUCAGCAAAACCAGGAGAAAGGAGCUCCAAGGACGGGGAUCUGCCUGGAGAACUCAACACCUAGCAUCCAGGGACAGGGGAAGGGGGCCAAAGGGACUCUGAAGGAGGUGAUAGGAACAGAGGCUGAGGGCAGGGGGGUUUUGCUGAGUGCAGAGGACCAGAGAACAAUAGAUGGGACUUAUGAAGGGGAAGCAGAGAGGAGUCAUAUCCAUAGGCUGCUGGCCUCCAGCCCCAAAGAGAUGUUAGGGGAUGCAGUGUCAGGGAGUCGUCAGGGCGGGAAAGUGCCCAGCAUCCCGAGGGAGUUCUGGGUCCUUCAGGGCCUGGAAACAAAGGAAGGCUCCACCACGGAGAAGCCCCAAGAGCAAAUAGGAGUGACCACUGCAACCAGGAGGGAGGAACAAGCAGAGAUGGCCUUGCAGGAUGUGGUCAAGAGUCUCAGACAUGGGCUCCAGAAAACCAAGGAGCAGGCCCAGCACCAGGAACAGCUGCUGAAGGAGCAGGAAGGGGAGCUGAAGGCACUGCAGGAACAGCUCAGCAGGUGUCAGGAGGAGAGGGCCCGGCUGCAGGCGGAGCUGGAGCAGAAGCAACGGGAGGCCGAAAGGAAGGGUGCCGUGUAUGAGGAGGAGCUUGGAGGGCAGCGGGACCUGGUCCGAGCCAUGAAGAGGCGGGUGCUGGAGCUGAUUCAAGAGAAGGAUAACCUGUGGCAGAAGGUCCAGCAUCUCUCUUCCUUGGCCCCUGGAUGCUGUGUUGUCUGUAACAAGAUCUUUGGUCGGCUGUCUCGGCGGUACCUGUGCAGGCUCUGCGGAGGCCUGGUUUGCCAUGCCUGCUCUGUGGAUUUUAAGAAGAAGGAGUGCCACUGCCCACCCUGCUCCCAGAGGAGAGAAGCCCAGAAGUUGGCCAUCUAAGGUGGACAGCACUUGAGUGGACAGACCGUGGUGUGGAGGAUGGAAGGAGCCGGGCUGGCAGUCAGGAAAGAGGUUCUAACCCUGCAUCUCCCACUGAUGAGCUGGGUGACUUUGGCAAAGCUGUCAGGCUUUUUCCAUAACAUGAGGGAGUGGGCACCAUCCUCUCUAAAGUCCCUGCAGGCUCAAAGUCCUUGUCCAAGAGUAAGGCCCAGUGGCCCUGACGUUUCUCCUCUGCACUCCCUUCUCAGCCAGCCCAUCCUUCAUGAUACACGGGAGCUUCCUGUCUGCAGUCUGCUUCGGAGGUCUGCUUUCAUUCUUAACAGCUUUCUUUAGGUACUAUUAAUGUAUAAUACACUUCACAUAAACCUGAUGAGUACAGUCUGAUGAGUUUUGACUUUAAUAUACACCCUGAAGCCAUCACCAUAUUCAAAAUAAUAGACACAUCCGUCAGCCCAGUUUCCUUGUGCCCUUUGUCAUCUCUCCCUCCCCCCACCUCUCCCCAUCCCCGGGCAACCACUUACUUGCUUUCUGUCAUUAGAGACUAGUUUGCAUUUUCUAGAAUUUUGUAUAAAUGGAAUCGUACAAUAUAUACUCCUUAUUAUCUGCCCUCUUUCAUUUGGCAUAAUUAUUUUAUCAUCUGUGUUGUAGCAUAUAUCAAGUUCCUUUUUACUGUUGAGUAGUAUUCCACUGCAUGGAUAUACCCCAAUUUAUUUACACAUUCACCUGUUGCUGAUACUUGGGUUGUUUCCAAUUCCAGGCUAUUACAAAUAAGUUUCCCAUCUUCA